GCCAUGGCUGGAAGAAAGAAAGGAGCAGCAGCACGCAUAACACAGCUCUACCCAAAGGCUCUUUAUACGCAUUGCAAUGCGCAUGUUCUCAACCUUUGUGUGGUAAAAUGUUGUCGCAUUCGUGAAAUCCAGAAUGCCAUGGACACCGCUGACAGGAUUUGCCGUUUCUUUGCCAACUCGCCAAAGAGACAGCUUGCUUUAGAAAAGUCGAUAGGAGCGGUUUUGGAUGGUGAGCAUCGCAAAAGAAUAAAGUCACUUUGCAAAACUAGAUGGGUGGAAAGGCACCAGGCCUUUGAGGUCUUCGCAGAUCUCUUACAGCCAUUGAUUUUCUGUUUGGAAGAGAUCAAAGAUUCGGUGGAGUGGAACAGAGAAACCAGAGCUGAUGCACAGUCAUUCUUUCUGGCUUUAACAAGAUUUCCGUUCAUCUUCACUUUAAUACUGACAAAGGAUGUUUUAGCGUACACUAAAGCCCUGAGUGUCAAGUUGCAGGGCCGUUAUGUUGACAUAGUGAAGGCAUACCAGGAAAUAAGGUUUGUCACUUCCACACUUCACAGUGCCAGGGUGAAUGUCACUACAAUCCAUUCACGAGUCUAUCAAAAGGCUUUGGAAGUAGCCGGUAAGGUUAAUGUAGAAGAGAGCUUGCCAAGAACGACUGGACGUCAACAGCACCGCGGCAAUGUGCCUGCAUCUUCUGCAUCCGAUUACUACCGGAAACAGCUGACCAUCCCAAUGCUGGACCAUCUCAUCAAUGAAAUGGGUUACCGGUUUAGCGAAAGUUCUUCAGCUGUUGUUUCUCAAAUCACGCGUCUUUUGCCACCAUCCUUGGCAGUGAGUGACAACAUCUUGUCUUCAGCAGAUAUUCCCGACUUGGUCAAGAUGUAUGGCGAUGAUUUACCAGCCGCAGCUGCUCUGGAUACGGAGCUUCACAGCUGGACAGUGAAAUGGAGCGGGUCGGUACAGUUUGCAGCAGAUAAAGAUACACCCUCGAAGGUUCUCAACCAAAUCGACAAGGACUUCUUUCCAAAUGUUGGGCAGCUGUUAAAGAUAGCAUGCACACUCUCGGUAACAAGUGCGGAGUGCGAACGUUCCAUUAGCCGUCUGCGGUUUUUGAAAACUUGCAUGCGUAGCGGCAUGGGAGAGUCACGCUUGAAUGGCCUAACGCUGCUCCAUGUUCACCGGGAUAUCCCGUGUGAUGCUGAAGCCGUCGUGGAAGAAUUUGCAAAGCGAAACCCACGGCGGCUUCAGCUGUCCGAGUUUUGUUAGCAAUGGUUUGUUUGUUAAAUAGUUAUGUGAGAGAUCUGCCUUGAA